AUGCAAAAGUUCCAUAUGGCCUACCCAGCUCGAAAACGCCAUUUGAAGCGCAAAGUGGACAAAGUUACGCCGUCUUUGCUGUUACAUCAAGUGAAUUUGGUGCCAAAAAUUCGUCUUCUACCAUCACAAAGCAAGCUUCUCUCCAAAUACCAAUCUUUUCUGUCUCUGAACUUUUUGGAAUCCAUCGAACACGAGCUCGUUAACGAUGGGUCGGAGUACCAUGAACUCAAUACAAUUCUUGCGAAAGUAUAUUCUCAAAACGAAUCUUUUGCUGCCUACACAGAUGCUUGUCUUCAAACUGCUGAGCUAAGGCAAAUGCUCAGGACACUAGAUAGCAGAAGAAAAAGUUCGCGUAUGGAGAAAAACCUUGAUAAAGGUACUGUUGUAAUCUCGGACGCGGUCUUCGAAUUGUUAUGUCGCCACUUCGCUGCAAGGAAUGACUGGUUGUCGCUUGAAAAGACCCUUAAUUGGCUGCAAGAAGACGGUAUUGCACCAACUUUUAACAUAUGCCUCGCCUCUCUGGAGUGCAUCGGUGGCCUUCUUCAUCUUUCCGUCAAAGGCAGGGCGCCCCCGAAAGCGCUGAAUAACUUCCUCUCCGCGGAAGAACGCCUCCUGCACUCGUUUCUCGAGAACAAAGUCAUCGAAGUGGUCUCCUUGGCCGAGAAGCACGUAAGUCGGCGCUUGUCGGUGCUUUGCCGCUUGCCCAGUCCGUCGUUACCACCGCCUUCUCUUCCUGCCGCCAAACAGGGCAUUAACGUCUACUCGGGCCUCCUACGAUAUCCUAGGCGGAAGUACUCGCUUCAGAAGAUUCUUACUGCCCUACUCUUUGCCACUCCCGAUAAGCAGGCAGAUAUAUCCUUUCACCCGGCUACUUCUCAGCUCUCGAGCAGUCCCACAUCGGCCGUUGCAAUGCGUGUUUCACGUGCUCUUGACAGAGCCGUUUUGUCCCCCAACAACCUCUUUUCCGACGUCUUUCAAAGCUCCGCUGCCAUGAUGGAGGCGUUCCGUGAACAGCUCCAGCUGGAGACGUUUGGCCAGGUGCCCAUUCCGCCAGCCCUUCCGUGCUUCGAGCAGAUGCUUCCAGAGGCGUCCAAGUCGCCGCCCUCCGGCAAACUCUCCGAUCGGCUGACGCAACAGCGACAAUCGCUUCUGAAAGAGCAGAAUAAUAGUUGGCGGCGACAGCUCACAGCUGCCUUCGAAGGAACACUGCAACGCCUCAAAAUUGCCCACACACAGGGUCGAGUUACUGCUUAUCCUUUUCUGAAGAUUUUGCCCAAGAAGUCGUACGUAGACAUGAUGAUUCAGGCUGUGGACACCAUCGUAACGAAUUCUGAGCUGCAACACGUGAGCAGAAGUUUAUUUCUGCAGCGUCUCGGUGAACGCGUCGAGGCUGCUUGCCUCGUUUGGCGGAAGCAAAAUGCCGGUAUCAUUGAUGAGCUGGCUAAAGUGUACGAAAACUACGCCGCAAUGUUUACCAAUUCCACUCGUUCAACUGAGCACUUUCGUGAAAUGUGGCUGCGCUCUUUGCAAAUGAACGCUGAAAGUGGCGUUAGUUUGGAUCCAGAAUGGCCCCAGUGGAAUACCCACCUGCGUCUUCUGGUUGGUCAAGAGCUUUACCGAAUACUCUACGACCACCUCACUUUCGACCUAAAUGGAGGUAAGGUGGAUAGGGAACCUAAGACUAAAUUGCACCAGGAAGCGCCCGUGUUGUUCGAGGUCAUGUCCGAGCAGCCGGGGGACGCACGCUACGAAAUCAGGGUUCACCCGACGCUGUUGAGGUGGUAUCGUGCUGCCGGUCACCCACCGCUUGUAUUCGAUGCAACUGAACUCCCCAUGCUGUGUCCUCCCAUUCCUUGGAUCGAUACCAAACGAGCUGGGUACCUGCUGGCUUCCAGCGACGCGACCCGUUUCAUCCGGAAGACAAGCUACUUUCCGGGUGCAGACACCGCAGCAAACGACGACCUCGAUUUCGAUGCGAAUUCCGUGCCGAUGGUCUUUGAUUCGCUCAACGCUCUGGCCUCGUGUGCGUGGAAAGUUAAUGUACCACUUCUUGACGCCAUGCUUCGAGUUGCACGCGAAGGCGGCGACAAGGAUCUGAGUAUUCCCGAGAUCAAGUCAUUAGUCCCCAUUCCUCGGAGGAAAUUUGACAGUUCGCUCUCGCGUGAGGAACGUAUCAAGGCGUACAAGCAAUUCCGCAGUGUUCGAAAAGCCCACGACGAAACCAGAUCUCUCUGGGCGACGGAGAUGUAUCGAUUAUCGAUUGCAAAUCAGUACCGAGACAAGGUCUUCUGGUUCCCCCACAGCAUGGAUUUCCGUGGCCGCGUUUAUCCCUGCCCUCCACAUUUCCAUCACAUGGGUGAGUUUUUAAUUCCCUAG